CACAGCCGGCAACGUCAUUAAGCCCAUUGGACGUUUUCGUGGACGCUCAAUGAUGAAACGAUACUGUUAGACGUGUCCGUUACACUUAUUAGUUGAACUCAUAGUAAGUUAGGUCGUAGGAUCAUAAAAAAUAUUUCAAUAUGAAGCUCAAGUGGAUUUUAUUUUUGUGCAUAUCUAUGAUUAUUGCUACCAGUGGUAUGGUGCGAGCUGAAGAUGAGAUUGAUGGAGAAGAUGAUAUGUCUGUUAGUGAAGAUCAGGUACUUAGUGAUUCUGAUGGAGAAGAAACUAAUACUGAUGACUUGUCUGAAUCCGAUGCUGAUACAUACUUAUUAUUUACUAAACCAGUGUUUGAAGAUAAAGCUAGUAUAGAAUUACCAGCUGGUCGUUUGUCAGAAUUUCUUAUAGGCUUUAUCAACAAAGGUUCUCAAGAAAUAGUCUUGGAAACAUUGGAUGCUUCCCUUCGUUAUCCAAUGGACUUCAAUUUCCAUAUUCAAAAUUUCAGUACUAUUAUUUUAGAUAAAGCUAUUCCUCCUGGUUCUGAAGCUACCAUUGGUUAUGCUUUCAUUCCUGCUGAUGCUUUUGCUGGCCGCCCUUUUGGUCUUGUUAUUAAUCUGGCCUACAGAGAUUAUGAUGGAAAGCAAACAAUUAACAAAUUGUACAAUGAUACCAUUAAUAUUGUUGAAGUUGAAGAAGGUUUAGAUGGAGAAACUUUAUUCUUAUAUUUGUUGAUGGCUGCAGCAUGUGUUCUUCUUUUGGUUGGUGGACAGCAAUUAUUGUAUUCUGUAGGUAAGAAACGUAGUGGAAGUUUACCCAGCCGUGCUAGAGCUAAUGUAGAAACUGGAACUAAGAGUACUAAGCAAGUGGAUAUGGAUUGGGUACCUAAGAAUGUCAUCAAUCAUUUAAAUAAACAAAAGGCUUUAAGUCCUAAACAAAAACGAGUAAAAAAAACUGAAUAAAGGAACAAUAACAAAUUGCAACAUGAUAAAUUCAUUCUGCGUCAACAACCUUGUAAAGACCCAAUUUCUUUAUAUUUAAGAUAGGGAAGUUUUACAGUUAUAAGUUCCGUGUCUAACUGGUAUAAAUUGUAGACAGUACAUAACAAGUAUUAAAUACUAGUUUGUGCUUAUAUAUUUUUGUGUAAAUAGGAACAUAAUAAAUUUUUCUACUAUUGUAAUUAUUAUAUUUAUAAUUUUGUAAUUUUUUCAAACAAAAUUAUAUACGAAUGUUGAGUUAUGUUUGUGUAUAGUAUGGUCUUAUUAUAAAAAAUUUUUCUAAGAUUAAAGUUUUUAUUUUGCCUGUUAUUAAAAGUCUUUGUUUUUCUAAUAAUUUUAAUAAAUAAUUGUAACUUGUAUUUAAUUUAAAAAAAUCUUAUUUUCCAAAAUUAA